AUGGCGCAGGCUUCAGCCGAUCAAGGUGCCCCCGAAGUCAAUCCAAAAGAAACCCCAUCGGUCGGCAGCCUCACCGCUUCAGCUGAGGAAAGUGACGAUGACGGACGCCGGUCUCCAUCCAUCGGCAACCAGGAGCUGGAGCUGGGCCCAACCGGUCCGCUGUUCGAAACAGGAGCGCUGGAGCACGUAGUCCUUGCCAUCGACACCUUCGCCCAUCAGCUGCUGCGCUACCUUCCACGCCAGCAGAACCUUGCCUUCUCGCCGAGUCACAUCUACUGGCUGCUGGUGAGCGUAUGGUUCGGCAGCAAGGGCACCACCCGGGAGCAGCUCGAGCAAGAACUGCGCUGCUCUGAGCUUCCCGUACCAGCCGACCGAGUCCCGAGCUUCUUCAAGAACCUGAUACGCUCGUUGAAAGCUCGCGGAAGACAGCAGCGCGUGCAGUUCAUCAGCGCCCUGUAUGUGACCUCCGUGGACAGCCUACAGGAGUCCACAAGUAAGACGCUGCGCGAGUACUUCUACGUGUCCAUCCGCACGCUGCUGGCAGACGCCAGACCCGACCGUACGAGGAACGAGAUAAACCGCUGGUUCGAGACGACGUCCCGCGGACACGUACCCAGCGUGAUGAGCGAGAACCUGCCGACCACUGACCGAGAAGGAAAGUCUUCGAAGGCGUGCCACUUGAUCGCGAGCGCAGCCUACGCCGAGUACACCUGGGGCUUUCGAUUCGACCGCCACAAGACGAUCCUGGCCAACUUCUACAACAACGGCACCGAUCCCUGCAAGACGCGUAUGGUUCGCUCCACCUCUUACUACCGCUACUACGCGUCCAAGGCGCUCUCAGCUCGCUGCCUCGUAGUCCCAGGCGUGGGCAGCAAGUGGCACAUGCUGCUCCUGCUGCCCACCGACCGGCGCGGUGUGCACGCCGUCGAGUACCGGCUGGACGCCGAGGCGCUGCGGCAGGCAGUGAGUAGUUGCGAGGAGACGCUCGUCGAACUGAGCAUGCCCAACAUCGAGCUCGAGAGCUCCGUGUCACUGCGGGAAGUGCUCAAGCGGGCCGGCCUGGCCGACCUCUUCGUCCCGGAGACGGUCGACCUCAGCAACCUGUUUAAGGAAGCUGGCGAGCCCCUUACCGAGUUCGUCCACAAGGGCAAACUCGAGGUCAGCAAGGUGGGUCACGAAGGGGAGUACCACGGUGUCACGGUGUUCACCGAAAAUUGCGAAUACCCCAGCGCGCCCAUCGAAUUUCACGUGAACCACCCAUUCGUGUUCGUGCUCUACGAACCGGUCAGCAACACGACCCUCUUCAUCGGGAGGGUCGUCGAUCUAAUUUGGUAG